AUGAGUAAGGGCUUCCACACUGCGUGUAGAACGCUUCAAAAGGCUUUUCUGAAUGAAAGCAACUACAAGCCUACGUCUGAGGCGGCAAAACUUCUCUUCCAAAGAGCUGGUCAGCUGGAACCAUCCGUCGAGAUAAAACCGCUUCCAGAGAUUCAGAAAGAACUUAACGAUCGCUACUACAAUAAUUAUUUCGUACCUUCAAGAGACUGGUGUAAGCACAAUGAUAUUAACUGGGCUAGCAUGAAAGACUGUCUGAACAUGGAUCAACGAGCGCUUUCUGUGAAACAUCAAAAAAACUUGCAAUGGUAUAUUGACCGCGAUUUGUUCGACAAAGAGAGUAAUACUUUCCAUAUAAUACCUAGUAGGCUGCUGAAUAACCCACUCAAUGUGGGGGAUGUCGUGCUGCUGCGAUCGGAUCCUUCCCAGCUCUGUAUGUGUGUGGAAGUUCCAACAGAUGUGAUGAACCCGAGCUAUACAUUUGCUACAGUAGAUGGGCAAAUAAGAUUUGGAAUGCGCAACAUGGUGGUUCUACGUAUGCCAUCAUUCCACAGGAAAUCUUUGGAGUAUUUAGUACGGGAGGAAAAUCCGUACUUGGAAUCCCGAGUCGGUACAGUCAAGGAUUCUCCAGAAAAGACUAUUAUAUUACCAGUAUUGGCACGUUUGCUGUAUACGUCUUAUGUUCCCUUCGAAAUUACAAGAGCUGCAUGGAACCGCAUGGCGGUCGUUACAAAAAAGCUGGAACUUCUGCAUAGAUUUCUGCAAAGGAGUUGCGGACCUUGGCAAAUCUCCAUAUUCAAGCUCUGUGAGCUAGUAGCAUUGCUGGAUCUCGAAAAAUGCCGUUCAUCACCGACGGAUGCUUAUGUUGAUACGCUGAUGAGAAGGGUGGGAAUAGGGCUCAAAGAUUGUAAUGUUGGAGAAGAACACCUGGCCAGAGAAACCUAUGGGCGCGUAGAUGCUGCGAAUUUUCUCGCUACUUAUUGGGCUAUUGUUCAACAGCAAGAACAUAAUUUAUGGGGUGCAAUUCACUUCCACAAAGCAAUGUUAACCCCGAUAUCGGUAACAGUUUUACCGUUAAUGUCCCGUCAUAUCUACUAUGACACUAUCAUAAAAAGCUUGAAGGAAGACAAUUACUCAAUUCUCUCAAAAUUUGCACUUCUUGUGAACUCUAAAAAUUAUGGAUCGGCUUUUAAUGACUUUCCACAAAUUCAUAAUAUACUCCAAGACUACGCUGCUGGAAACUUUCACAACAAUGGUGCAAUGAUCACUACUGUUUCGAAACUGUUCAGAAAGCUCAGUGACUACAAGAAUCGCGAUAUAACGCGAGACUUAUGUCAUGAACUCUUGACAAAAUUGGAUCCCAGUUCAACCAUCAAUCCACUUCUUUUAAGUGACAAUCUUGCAAUUGGGUCCGCCUUUGGGAAUCAGUCAUUGGAAAAAAAAAUGUACGACUUAGCAACCCCAACAUCAACACAGAACUUUUCGGCACGCCACAACUUUGGUGACAUGAAUGUUUACUGUAUUGACUCUGAAGAAGCACAUGAAAUUGAUGAUGGCAUAUCCAUCGAAAAAAAAGGUUCAGGGAGGUUUGGCUUACAUAUACAUAUCGCGGAUCCAGUGACUUUGUUUGGGAAAUCAAUCAACGACUGUACUAGGAACGAAGUAUGGAAAAUUGCAUUCGCAAGAAGUUUUACAAGCUACCUGCCAGACUGUGUGAUUCCAAUGCUACCGAAGACAUUUAGCAAAGCUGCUGACCUCGGUCAAAACGGCGUUACUUCCAAAACUAUCACUUUCUCCGUCGAGGUUGAACUUCAAGGGCAUAAGCUAGACAUUAUUAAGGAUUCCUUCAAAGUUAGACUAGGAACAGUAUCGCGAUUUCCAAAGUUUACCUAUAAAAGCGUCGACCAACUUUUAGCCAAUGACAAGGGCUCGACGCAAGAGUCUCGAGAGCUGCAUGCGCUUCACAAAAUUGCUGCUGGCUUGCGAGCCAAACGAGUUAAGGAACAAAAAGCCAUUGUGUUUGGGGAAGGCUUCAAUAAGGGUUUAGUCAAGUUGAAAACCGAUGAGAGUGGUGGCGGGGUCAAAAUAAAUUUUGAAGAUCAGUCCGAAACUGCUUCAAACCUUAUGGUGUCUGAGAUGAUGAUCCUUGCGAACAGCUUGGCAGGGAAGUAUUUUUGUGAUAACAAUAUUCCUGGUGUGUUUCGCUGUUACAAAGAGUUGAAGCUGAAAGACAAGGCUGAAAGCGGUUACGAGUCGUUACGUACAAUGACUCACUCCAAGAAACUGCCCACAGUCAAAGAUAUAACGAAGUUGUCCUCCUUGCUGAACUCUAGUUAUUACGCUGGAACAGCUGCUAGACACGAAAUGAUUGGUGCUCCUGCUUACCUCACCGUAACAUCUCCUUUAAGGAGGUUUCCGGAUUUGAUAAAUCAUCUGCAGCUUCAUGGGCAUUUGAACAAACAGCCGCUACAAUUUACACAAUACGAGGUAGAAGAACUGACGUGGCAUAUCCAAUCGCGCGACGUAAUCUUGAGAAAGGCUGCGCAGAAUUCUGCGUCUUUUUGGACUCUCAAAUACCUGAAAGCUCAACAAGAGGAGAACCCCGAACGAAAGUUUUCUGUCAUGAUCACCUCGAUUCCGCAAAUGGGUUUUGUAAGAUGUUCGCUACCUGAAUUAAGCGCAGCCCGUGGAAGUUUGAAGCUACGACCUGAACUCUCUUCCAGUUGGGCCAUCGGGGACGUCGUCCACAACUGCAAGAUCACAAAAUUAGACUGCUUAGAUGGUGUGAUGGAGCUCGAAGUGUAG